AUGGCGACCGUCGUCGUUCAGCAGCAGCAUGCGCUGCAGCAUUCAAACCCGCCGCCUUCACCCAUUCCCACUGCGCUCGCUAUCCCCCGCCGAGCCAGCCCAAUCCCAAAUAAGCAUCUGCCCGUCUGCCCAACUGGGCCCUCCCCGUCGGAGCCUGCCUCCCAGGAGUCCUCGGGGCUCCGAUCGGCCAAUGACCAGACAUCCUCUCUCUUGUAUCCCCCAGAGAGCUUCGUGCGUCUUUCGCGCCCGCCCUCGCCAACGGUAUAUGCCCUCGAUGGUGAAACACUGGCUGCCGCCUUGAAUCACCAGGCGGCACAGCCUCUGCCAGAUCCAUCGCAAAUGUUCCCCUGGCUGCACGGUCUGCAUCCGGACAAUCCCCUGCAGUUGGGCUUCUUCUCCGGUCGUAAACGCUCGCUACGCCGAUCCCCGAAAUGCUGGCGGGGCAUCACUGUGGUCAAGCUGGGUGGAGACUUGAGUAAGGCACGCAUCAAGGGCACCGUGAGUGCCCAAGAGGUGAUCACUCCCUCGGCACGCUUCUUAAUGUCCGAUCCACCUGAGGGAUUUUCCGUUCGGAACUUCCAGAUUCAGACGGCCAAGUUGGCUGCGAUGUCGGAUAUUGUGGUCUAUGCCGAAGAUGGUGCUAGUAGAUCCGAGUUACUUGCAUUGGCGGAGGAUUUCGCAACGGCCCAGCAAGCCUGGAGACUGAAGCAUGACCCCGCCCAGGAGCGUCCGGCAUACAACACCUUUGUCCUGACUAGUAGCUUUGCCGAGUUCGAAAAGAAAUGCCCCAAUAUGGUGGCGAUCGACUCUCAUGGCCAUACCACGGGCCAAGUCAUGGACUUCUUCCAAUGGGAGCGAAUCGAGAUGUGCAGCAUGUCGCGAGCAUCAGAAAUCUCCGCCAAUGUUUUCCUUGGACCUACCCCAGAGUAUAUCCUGAGACCUGGCACUUGUCAGCCGCCCAAAGAGGAGGCCUAUGAUCUUUUGAUCGAGGCCAGCGAUUUGGCUAACAUCCCCGGCCCUCGACUGCUGGGCAUGAUUGACAAGCAACUCGAAGGUGGCACCCAGCGGAUGGAGUUCCCCUCAUCGGGUUCGAUCGUUCUUCCCUCUGGCAAUACCCGUGAAGUGGAAGAUAUCGUCAACACGAUCCGUUGGAUCUAUUACCUGGCAAACCCAGAACAGCCUGCCGAGGUAGUUGACCACGAAGGAGACGUCGCCAUGACUGAAGCUGGAAAGAAGCCCCGCCGAGUGUUGAUUCACUGUGCCGAUGGGUAUACCGAAAGCUCGCUGCUCGCCGUCGCAUAUUACAUGUUCGCCGAGGGAGUUCCUGCCCCGGAGGCUUGGCUUCAGCUUCAUUGUAAUAAAAAGCGCAACUUCUUUACGUACCCGACGGACGUUGCAUUCCUGAGCCACAUUCAGCCGCGUCUGUUGCAAGAGAGCCCGUCCUCGCAGUCCAUAGACACGUCGUGUAUUUGGGAUCCUGACUGGUUUUUGAAGAUGGAUGGAUCUCUCCCCAGUCGGAUUUUGCCGUAUCUGUAUCUGGGGAACCUCAACCAUGCGAACAACCCAGACUUGUUGCGGGAGCUCGGCAUCCGACGUGUUUUGAGCAUCGGCGAGGCUGUUAAUUGGAGUCCCGAGGAACGUUCCAAAUGGGGUGGCGACAACUUGAUGUUUAUUCACAAUGUGCAGGAUAAUGGCAUUGACCCAUUAUCAGAGGAGAUUGAUCGGUGUCUGGAGUUCAUCGGCAAGGGAAAGAGCGACGGAACCGCAACCCUGGUCCAUUGUCGCGUGGGUGUUUCUAGAUCCGCUAGUAUUUGCAUCGCCGAGGUGAUGGCCUCGCAGGGCCUGUCCUUCCCUCGUGCCUAUUGCUUUGUCCGAGCUAGACGGUUGAACGUCAUCAUUCAGCCUCAUCUUCGAUUUGUCUACGAGCUUCUACAGUGGGAACAACUGCAAAAGCAAAAGCGUGGCAUUCCUUCGAAACGCGAGUUAGAAUGGGCAACCGUCUCGCGUGAGAUCGCUCUCCUGAACAAACCGUACUCGAGAACCUGA